AAAGUCGAUUAGGGGAGUGAGCGGGCAGGGGGAGAGUGUGCUGGCAUCACACUAGAGUAAUGGCUCCCAAAUAUCCCAAACACUGCUGCAUCCUCCUCUCUCUCCUCCUUUUUCAUCCAUCAUCGUCCUCCAGAUUUGAGCCACAGCAGUCUGACAGUGCAGCUGCAGCCCCUGCCCCUGAUUCAGAAGAAGUGGCUGACCAACUCACAAAACUAAUGCUGUUUAAUGAUACACCUCGGAGGAAGUUGCUUCAGACGUCAGGAGCUGCAGUUUUUUUUCCUCCCCUCAAGGUGUUGUCCAAUGGGAAGCCGUGCAUCAUGUUCCAGGCCAGGAAGUUGUCUCUGCGCUACGAGAGGCAGAAGCAGGUGGACCUGACUGAGCGAGCGUUCUCUCCUCACAAGGCCAUCGACACCACUCAGUCCGUGUGCCGCCAGGACAAAGCUACGUUGGUCAUGAGGUUUGGAGAUGUGGACGAUUUGAGAGGUCUUUCCAUUAGGUUGCAGCUGUCCAACACUUUCUACGAGGCUUCAGGCCAGUGGUGGUUCUCGGUGGACAGCGUGUCCCUGCUCUAUAACAUCUCCGAAGAGGCCGUGUUCAACGCCAGCGAGGUGUACGCUCCGUCCUCAUCCUCUUACCACUGCAUGCAUGUCAGCAGCUUGGAGCGCUACAGCGCCCUGCUGCAGCCUCGCAGCGAGCACGCCCGCCGCUGGACCAUCACCUUCACGGACUUCCAGAUUCAGGCAUUCAACGUGACUUCUGGAAGGUUCUCUCCAGUGAGUGACUGCACCACCUUCCUAACGCCGGCCAUCCUUAUGGGCCUGGUCACCUCUCUCAUCCUGCUGCUGGUGCUGGCGUACGCCCUCCACCUGCUUGUCCACCUCAAACACAUCGAGCGCGAUGAUGAGCGCAAAGCUCACAUCUAUUUCCCCCAAAACCCGGAACAGUCGGAACGUUGUUGUAUGGAAAACAUAGCAGAUAAAGAUAUUGCCUGAACAGAACUCUUUUUUUGUUUGUUUUUUUCCCCUCACACAAUUUAUGUCCUCUGAGAUCCAAAAAUGCAUUUUUGUCCUCUGUAAGGGACAAGCGUUUCACAGCCCUGUUUCAAAUGAAAAACAGUCUGGGCUUUCCAGUCAUGUGUAAUUUAUUGGAGUCAAAUAGACAACGUCUCAUACCGACCGGCAUGUUUUAUGGGCACAAAAUCAGUACGUUAUGAAAUGGACCCAGCUUUGGAAGGUAGAAAUGUUGUGUUUUUUAAGCACAAGUGUUUAAUAAGUACUUUGAGGUUGUUUUGGUAACAGUAACUUAAGAUACUGAAACACAUUUUUACAAUGUCCUUUGUAGUGGACAUGAGGACUUACUCCUACUUUUUCAUAUAUUAUAAAUAUGAUUGAUGCAACUAUUGCAUCAGGAUGCCGAAACACGUGUGUGUGUGUGUGCAAGCUAGAAGAAAAAUUGUGUUUUGCAGAGUUAUUAAUAAUGUGAUUGAAAAAGCGUACUGAAAAAAUGUAAUACAUGGAAAUGGAAAUAUGAAAGAUGUGUUACCUUUUAAAUUGUUAGUUUUAUAAAUGUAAUGUUUUGUUCCGCUUAUCAAAACAAUAGAAAGGUGAUGGGGUGAGAGAAUUAUUCAGGUGGGACUUGCUUCUGUUGUCCACUGCAA